UCAGAAUCAAGAUCAGCCCGUGCAGGUAUUACUUUCCCAGUAUCUCGUGUUGAUAGACUCUUAAGAGAAGGUCGUUAUGCUCCACGUGUUGAAUCAACUGCCCCAGUUUAUUUAGCCGCCGUUCUUGAAUACUUAGUAUUUGAAAUUCUCGAAUUAGCCCACAACACCUGCUCUAUCUCCAAGAAAACUCGUAUUACCCCACAACACAUCAAUUGGGCUGUCGGUAAUGAUCUUGAAUUAAAUCAACUCUUCUCCAAUGUUACCAUUGCUUACGGUGGUGUCUUACCAACUCCUCAAUCAAACACUGAAGGCAAAAAGAAGAAAGCUACUUCAAAGAAAUCC